CGUCCCUCCAUCUACCACCCUCGUAUCACUUACUCUCUGCGAGACCAGACCCAAUAAACCGCAUUCCGGACAGAGCGCGGCUGCGCUCAAACAUCCUUUGGUCACCCUUUUCCCGUUUCACUUCAUUUCCUGGCUGGCGGCUGCGCCAUUAUCUUCGGUUGUCUACUUUGUCUUGAUUUUGGAUAUCCCUGUCGUCAUGUACAUUCCCCUCGCUCGCGCCCCAACAAUCAGAGGAACAGCCCCGGACAUCUAGCCUGCCAAACGACCCGAGUCGAAAUCGUGUCCCUUCUUCAAGCUCAAUACUCGCGAACUCACGAAAUGCCUCGAUCCUGAGCGAAAUCCGAAGACAAACCCCUAACUGAUGGAGCAGCAUGCUCAGCCGCAGUCAGUAAACGAUUAUGGCCGCAGUGAUCAAGAACAAUGCAGAAGAUACAAAGCAGGCAGCUUUGUCUCCUAGACUCAAAGGCCGGGGUAUGUCGGAUGUCAUUUUGAGGCUUGUUGAGGGCAAGAUGUGGAGUGCUGAUCGAUACCUGGACAGAAAAUGCGAAGGAUACUCUAUGUCGGAACGUCACGAUAUACGGGAAAUGUCGCUAUGAAGACAAAGGAUGUGCCUUCAAUCACACCAUAGAGAAGUCUGCCUCUGACGGAGGACAAAACGAUAGGUACGACCGAAUGGCCUUGCCUGUCCUGAUCCCUAGGCACCAUUUGCUGAGACUCGGGGAAGCAGCCAGUCGAAGAAGACACUCAACGUCGACUCGCCGAGUUUCACUCCUUCUUUCCUGUCUCCCAAUGGCGCCGCAGCUGCAGCUACCCCAGUCAAGAAAUCAACGACUGGCAUAUCCCCGAAGGCAGCAAGUGCUGCCCCGUUCAUGCCAAAAGCUAUCAUCUCCAGAUCGUCCAAUGCUACUCCUCUCCGACAAGAUGCCAAAACUCCAGAUUGGGCUCUGCCUGAUGUGCAAGAGUUUGUGCCCCGACGAGCUCAAGAACCUUCGCUGACAAGCGAAAGCGAUAUUUCUGUCCCUCAUUCUUUUGAGACAUUUCAACCCAGCCAUCCUCCAAAUCCAUAUCUCGAUCAUAGUCUUAAUGGUGCCGCUUUCUACCAAAAUACGCCGGGUUUUCAGCAGCCCGUUCAAUACCAUCAAUAUGCGCCUAUUGGGCACUAUAACGCGGCUCUCACUCCAUACCAACGCACAGUGCAUGACCUUUUUAUCCCCAACGAUCUUCGAGAGGAAAUUCAGAAGAAAUCCGCAGCAGCUCUUCAAAUAUUGCCCAAUUCGCAGCUACCAAGUCAUAUUGAGAGCUAUCACUCUCUUGUCCCUCUCGAUACAACCCACAAAAGCUCAAACAUAUUCGGAGGUUAUACUUCCUGGGUAUAUAAAGCCCAGUCAAGCGCCAAUGGGCACUUCUUCGCCCUUCGAAGAAUUGAGGGCUUCCGACUAACAAACGAGCAUGCAAUCCGCGCUGGACAAGCUUGGAAAAAUAUCAUAAGCGCCAACGUUGUCCGAAUCGUCGACGUCUUCACAAAUCGCGGCUUCGGCGACUCAUCCCUCUUCAUCGCUACGGAAUAUCAUCCUCUUUCAAAAACGCUUUUGGAACAUCAUCACCUUGGACAUUCAUUUAACCCCCGGCCGGCUCGCUCCUCUAACAAAGACCAAGUCAGUGAGCCUGCUCUAUGGAGUUAUGUGGUGCAAAUAGCUUCUGCCCUGAAAACCAUCCACAACUCCGGUCUAGCAGCUCGGGUCCUCGACCCAAGCAAAAUCCUCGUCACAGGAAAGAACCGCAUUCGCCUGAACGGUUGUGGCAUCCUGGAUGUAGUGCAGUAUGACGCCAAUACUCACACCCCUCUCGCCCAGGUCCAACGACAAGACCUAGUUAAUUUCGCCCUUGUCAUCCUUGCUGUUGGCUCGGGAUCAUUCGAUGCGGGUCAAAACUUCGCCCGCAGUAUGGACACAUUCAAACGCUAUUUCAAGCCCGAUCUCCAAAACGCCUUGGUGUGGUUAUAUUCUGCAAUGCAAAACUCGGAGAAAACCAUUGACGGAUUCGUCACUCUCAUCUCCAAUCAAAUGAUCACCGCUUUUAAUGCCGCCCUUCACACAGAUGAUGCUCUGUAUUCUGAACUGUCUCGCGAGGUUGAGAAUGCGCGCUUGGUACGCCUCAUGGCCAAAAUCAACUUCAUCACUGAACGACCUGAGUAUAAUCAUGACCAAUCAUGGAGCGAGAACGGGGAACGCUAUUUCCUCAAGUUGUUCCGUGAUUACGUCUUUCACCAGAUUGAUGCGCAGAAUCGGCCCGUCGUGGAUCUGGGCCACAUCUUGACGUGUCUCAACAAAUUAGACGCGGGUACGGAGGAGAAGGUCAUGCUGGUCAGCAGGGACGAACAGAGCGUGUUUGUGGUGAGCUAUCGCGAGCUGAAAAAGGGCAUGGAGAGUGCAUUUCAGGAAUUGGUGGGAAAGAGGGGAGGACCUUUGAGGUAGGUGAAGGGACGAAACGAGCUCAAAAGACGGAUUGAUGGUAUCUAACCCGUUGAAGAAAAUAAUAAACGAAAGCUGGAAUGCGACGGGUGAUAAAACCCUUCGCUUGGACAACUGCGCAUCUUCCAAGGUGAAAAGAAAGGGGAUCUGUUACAAGGAAAGAGCAAGAGGACCGACACUCAUUGCAGAAGUGAUGGAACUUUGAUAUGGGAGAAGACGAUUGUGAUCUUGGGAGAGAAAGGCCAAAGAUUAGGAAGGUAGCAGUGAGACAUACAACACACAAAAAAAUCAUAAAUCUCCAUUUGUCACUCUG